AUGGAAUCAAACAGAGAUGAUUCCCCGCAGAUACUAAAGACAGGUGACGCGGAUGUUGGGAAGCGCGACCACUGCGAUAAAGGAGCUAUAGCGAGUGCACAACAGGAGAAAUGUAGAAAUACCACUACUGAGGCGAGCCUCCUGCCGACCGUGGGCGAAUACCUUCCGCCAGUGUCGCUGAACUUUCAAAGUCUUGCUAAUAUAGACAGGACAACACUGGCAAGGGAGCAACAGAGCGACCCAUUGCUAGAAGACUUGCGCAACAAUGUUAGAGAAGGAGUAGCGAAGAAAAACAUUUCUUUCUACCUAAAAUCGGACCUCCUCUACCGGCGCUAUCAAGACCGCAAAGGCAGACUAAUCGAACAGCUGGUAGUUCCGCAGAAAUAUAAGAAUGAUCUGCUGCACUUGGCACACUCCGCCUCGUGGGCUGGUCAUCUAGGCGUGCGAAAAACGAAGAUGCGCCUAACGCAGGAAUACUAUUGGCCGGGUUGUUGGAAAGAUAUUGAGGAGUUCUUCCGUUCAUGCGACACUUGUCAAAGAAUAGGGAAGUCAACCGACAAAAGAAAGGCCCCUAUGCAGUUGGUUCCGAUCAUCACUGAGCCGUUCCGUCGUUUAGUCAUUGAUAUCGUAGGACCCCUCCCGGCUUCGUCAACGGGCUGUCGACACAUUUUAACAGCACUUUGCCCUGCUACAAAGUUCCCAGAGGCUAUCCCGCUCAAAGAGCCUAAUUCAACAAAUGUGGUGGAUGCGCUUCUCUCUAUUUUUGCCCGUGUUGGCUUUCCGGCCGAAAUCCAGUGUGACAAUGGCAGCGUUUUUACAAGCUCUCUCACGACAACAUUUUUUGAAAGAUGCGGGAUUAAGCUAAUACAUAGCUCGGUUUACCACCCGCAAUCAAAUAGCGUCGAAAGGGUUCACUCCGUUAUGAAGCGAGUACUUCGAGCUUUGUGUUUUGAGCACAAGAGAGAUUGGGAGGCUUGUCUACCUGCGGCGAUGUUCGCGCUCCGUUCCGCGCCACACGACACGACCGGCUUUAGCCCGGCGGAGCUAGUUUACGGGAGAAACCUGAGGUGUCCUCUCCGCAUGUUAAAAGAGUCAUGGGAAGGUCAGGGAGAAGACCCCACGGUCGUGAAAUACGUUCUGGAGUUGCUUGAUCGUCUAAAUCACGUCAGAGAGGUAGUUGAAGAGAAUAUGAGAUCGGCCCAAGAAAAGGCUAAAGUGUACUACGACAAAUCAGCCCGAAAACGUACGUUUGCCGUUGGCGAUAAAGUAAUGCUUCUGAAGCCCUCCAAACAAAACAAGUUGGAUGUACAAUGGGAAGGGCCAGUAAAGGUAGUUCAAAAGAUAUCCGAAACGAACUACGCAGUGGAAGUUGGAACGCGGCGCAAAGCAGUUAAAGUUUAUCACUGCAACCUUAUGAAACCUUACAAAGAAAGGGAAAUUGUUGUGAACUUGACAGUAAACAUGCCAGAGGAGGAGCCCAAUGAAAUACCGACGAUAGGCAACAGCAAGCAGCUCACAACCGCCGAGAUUGUUUCAUGCACGCGCGUUGGAGAGGGUCUGGAGGAAUUCCAAGUUCGAGACGUUGAGGAUAUCAUUGCAGAUUUUCAAGAUAUAUUUUCAGAACGUCCGGGGAGAACUUCUUUAGUAGUGCAUGACAUUGAACUGACAACUAACCAGCCAAUUCGGUCGAAACCGUAUCGGAUGUCUCCUAGACAGAGAGUGAUAAUGGAUAAAGAAAUCGAAAGGAUGUUGGAGCUCGGAGUGAUUGAACAAGCAGAGAGUGACUUCACGUCACCUAUGAUACUCGUUGAGGUUCCGGGUAAAGAUCCGCGCCCAUGCAUUGACUAUCGCCGGUUAAACGCGAUAACGCGCGACGAGACAUACCCGAUACCGAAUAUUGAAGAACCGGUGGAAACUGUUAGUAGAGCCAAAUACAUUUCUACUCUUGACCUCGUAAGGGGGUACUGGCAGGUACCCUUAUCAGAAGGAGCAAGCCGGUAUUCCGCGUUCGUUACGCCUUUGGGUACAUUCCGACCUAAAAUGUUGGCAUUCGGUUUGAAAAAUGCCCCCUUUUGUUUCUCCAAGCUUAUGGACCGUGUCUUAAGUGGGCUGAGCGACUUCGCGCUACCAUAUCUGGACGAUGUAGCGGUGUUCUCGAACACAUGGGAAGAACAUUUAGUGCACCUCAGGACAGUGCUAGACCGACUACGAAGAGCAGGGCUCACCGUACGUCCCGAAAAGUGUCAAUUGGGACGUGCUGAAGUAACUUACUUGGGGCACACCACUGGACAAGGGUCUCGUCGCCCACAUGAGGUAAAGAUUGCUGCCGUCGUGAACUACCCCCGGCCCAAAACAAAGACCGAUAUCCGCGCUUUCCUGGGGCUUACUGGGUACUACCAGCACUACAUUCGCAACUAUUCUCAGCUGGCGAGCCCCCUCACAGAUGCGCUGCGGAAAUGCGAGCCCCAGACCGUCAAAUGGGAUUCUGCUAAGGAGAAGGCUUUUCAGUCGCUAAAAGCCGCAUUAACAUGCAAGCCCGUGUUGGCUGCUCCUGAUUACACGCGCGACUUUAUUGUACAGUGCGAUGCGAGUGAUCGUGGAAUCGGUGCAGUAUUAUGUCAGCUAGAUGAACGAGGACGAGAACGGCCAGUCUUGUAUAUAAGUCGCAAGUUGACCGGCCGAGAAGAGGCCUAUAGUGCCUCUGAAAAAGAAUGCGCCUGCCUGGUGUGCGCGGUACAAAAAUUGGCUUGUUACUUAGCUGGGACUAAGUUCAUCAUUGAAACAGAUCACUGUCCCCUAAAAUGGUUGCAGAACUUGUCCCACAAAAAUGGUCGCCUGCUACGCUGGAGCCUUGCACUUCAGCAAUACAAUUUCGAAAUCAGAUAUAAGAAGGGAUGCCUCAACGGCAAUGCUGAUGGCCUCAGUCGGGGGUUCCAAAACAAAGAAUGA